GGGCGAAUGCCAUCAUCGCUGACUCUCCCACCGUCUCCUGCAACUGCGAUAACGAGUUGACGGACGAGACGUGGUCGGGACGGAAACAGCACAAAGACGACAGACAUCCGCCGCUCGAGUGCGGAACGCCGGUCGAUCUGGUGAUCAUUGUGCCCCGUGCGAGUCUGCUCUUUCGCUCGCCAGCCGCGCUGCCCGCCCGCCAUCUCCUCCACCGCCAGAUCCCACCAUCUUCGCUUCACCCUCCUCCUCUGCGCCCUCCUUACGCCGUUGACCUUCGGUGCGACACCAGCGGGCCUCGAGGGCAGCGGGAAGAAGCAGCAGGAGUCAUUCCAUUGGGUGGUGCAGCGGUGCGACCCAGGAAACAUGCGCUGAAGCGGGAAGAGCAAAGUAGCCCGACCAGGAAUAUCGCCUGUGCCAAUACAUACCGCCGCCGAUUUCAGCGACUACACGACGCCCCUGUCCGCUGAAUUGUGCAAUCCCCAGGCAGAUGAGUGGCAGCGCAGACAGCGAGCGGCCUUUCGGCGCCAUGGAUUACACUUCGCAGGCGAACAAUGCCGAAGACGACCACUCGACUUCUCCCCUAGCACGCAUGGCAUCACAGUCCAACAACAACCGCUUCUAUGGUGCGAGACAUGGCAAGAGCGCCAUCCGGCCACGUCAAAUUGCCACGCCCUCUGCAUCCGUAGACCGCGUGCCCACCAUGCCCAUCCCCAUUCCCGCCAAUCCCAAUGUCAUCCCGGGGAACACUCUGCCCUCGGCGCCAGCGAGCCCGCCCACGCCUGCACCGAGUCCCACCCCAAUGCACCGAGCGCCAGACUGGAGCACUGCCGACCCACGAGAGGAUAUGGGCGAUAUCGACGUGGACGAGUCCGGACAACAUGCCCCGACGCACGUCGGUUCCGCGGGAUAUGGAUUUGGCUACAGGAACAUGCGCGCAAUCUUCGCGGAGGCGAGCAAUGACGAGCGUCAGCGCAUGCUCGCCGAACUGCUGAACAUGUGCGAUGGGAAGCUGCUUGGUUUCGUGGCCAGCUUUGUCAGUCCACGUCUGAAAAGAGAUCCCUUUUCUUCACUGCCCAACGAGCUGUGUCUACGUAUCUUGACCUUCAUCGAAGACGCGAGGACGUUGGCCCGCAGCUCCCAGGUGAGCAGGCGCUGGCGAGAGCUGGUCAGUGACGACAUGGCCUGGAAGAGCUUGUGCGAGCGACAUGCAUAUCGGAGAAUGUCCGACGACCGACCUUCCUCCUCUCCCCGACCAAUCCCCAAUGCCACCGCAUCCGGCUCACAACAGCGAUACGCUCACCCGUAUGGCUACCAGCCCUACUCCGAUGUGCACAGCAGCUCGCUCAAUGCCCUGUCCUCCAGUGCACCAGACUUGACCCGCCGUAGCAGUCUGAGCAGCACACCCUCCGGCCUCCAUUCCAGCCUCGCCAGCCGCCCUGCAGCCUCGUCGAGUAAGCGCCGUCCGCAAGCAAUCAGCUACCGCAGCCACUUCAAGCAGCGGUAUCAGGUGGAAACAGCAUGGAGACAUGGUGGACAUGUGGACACACGGCAAAUCACGCCCGAUCAAGGUGUUGUGACUUCUCUGCACCUGACAUCCAAGUACAUCAUCGUGGCUCUCGACAAUGCCAAGAUCCAUGUCUUUGACACAGAUGGCCGGCAUUUGCGCUGUUUGCAAGGACACGUCAUGGGAGUGUGGGCAAUGGUGCCGCAUGGGGAUACUCUGGUUUCUGGUGGCUGUGAUCGAGACGUGCGCGUGUGGGAUCUGACUACCGGAAUGGCGACGCAUAUGCUACGAGGGCAUACGAGUACCGUUCGCUGUUUGAAGAUGAGUGGGUCCGGAAUUGCAAUCUCGGGUUCGCGAGACACAACACUUCGAGUGUGGAAUAUCGUUGAAGGACGAUGUGAUGCCGUGUUGGUUGGACAUCAAGCUUCUGUGCGCUGUUUAGAGAUUCACGGCGAUCUUGUCGUUUCUGGAUCCUACGACACGACUGCGAGAAUCUGGUCCAUCAGCGAAGGACGUUGCUUGCGCACACUGCAAGGACACUUUAGUCAAAUCUACGCCGUGGCCUUCGAUGGACGCCGCAUUGCGACUGGCUCGCUGGACACGAGCGUAAGAGUGUGGGACCCCAGAGACGGCCGCUGUCUGGCACAGCUUCAAGGACACACUUCUCUUGUCGGUCAGCUGCAGCUCCGCAAUGACACACUGGUCACCGGAGGGUCGGAUGGAAGUGUGCGAGUCUGGAGCUUGCGCACAUACUCUGCGAUUCAUCGACUGGCAGCUCAUGACAAUAGCGUGACAAGCUUGCAGUUUGAUGACAGCAGGAUAGUCUCUGGUGGCUCUGAUGGACGAGUGAAGGUUUGGGACCUACAGCGCGGAUGUCUGGUUCGUGAGCUUGGCAGUCCUGCCGAGGCUGUUUGGAGGGUUGUAUUCGAGGAAGAGAAGGCCGUUGUACUUGCCAGUCGCGGCGGCAAGACCGUCAUGGAGGUCUGGUCCUUCGCACCACCACCUGAGGAAGGAUCUUCCGAGUACCCAUCGCCCGCCGCACUUCGAUCAAACUCCAGCACUCCGGGCAUCCUUCCAUACCAAAAUCCUGUCUAUGGCGACCGGCCUUCAUACAGUGCCAAGACCGUCAGCUACGAACCACUGGCGGAUCACGAACGUUCGCAUCGAGACGCCGGAGAGUAUGCUGAGAGCUCGCGCGUGAUACAGGAGCGCCACGAAUCCGAGCUGGCCUCGCAACAGGACAACAUCAUGGCCGACACCUACGAUAUGGACACACAUGUUGACGACACAGACGAGAGCACUACGGAUACUGCGCUUCAAGAACGCCGAGCGAACGACGAGUUUCUGGCCAACCUGCAGGGGAUGGCGUAGCAUGUACCUCCUGGCAUGGUGGACUAUCAACUUUGGCUUCGGCAGUAUCCCUGGUCUAGUCCGUGGUAGCUGGUUGCAGUGGCGAGCCUGCUAUUGCCAGCAGGAUUGGUCGUUGAGACGGCCACUCGACAGGUGCACCACCAACUGCACCAAGAACUGCUGCGCGGAAGAUUUCCGUGCGCACUUUACUCUGGAACAGCUCUCACGGCGCAUUGCACAUUUGCGCAAUAGUAGCGUUGCGGGCAUGGCCUGGCGAUUGCGCGAGCCUGACACAUGAGGCACCACAACAUACAGAUCAUCCACAUUGGAGAAGACUAUUCGUUGCGCAUCCGCUACCAGACGUCAAAGAUUAUUACAUACAGAGCUAUCGUCCACGGGACUGAGAGGCAAGAGACCGAGAGAAAAGACGACGAGCAUUGAGAGGUAUAUUGUGUACAGAUUGAGAAUCUUGUUAUGGAAGACGAAUAUGCAUAGAAGUCACUGGUGGGGUGCAACGGAAGUUGGGAUUGGUUGAUUGCGGGAUUUUUUUCGUUUUCUCGCCACAGUGGUGAGGAUCAUUCGAUACAGGUGAGCAUUCAUUGGGGCUUUACUUGAUUUGAUUUUGGGCGAGAGAUGGAAGCGAGAGCGUUCUUCGUUGCCGGAGGGAGAGAAUGGAGUAUUCAGAGACCAGAGGUACGCAUAGCUCGGGGUGAGGAGAGAAGUUCGUCGUCGUUGUUGAUGAGAGGACGAAAGCUCUAGAAUAAAAAGUGUUACUCCGUUGGGAAUUGUUGCAACCGCAUCCUACUUGGG